AAGGUCAACAAAGUGUCUCUUCAGAUAGUGGAUACGCUCACAGGUACUUUGUCAGGGGCCGUCCCUGUGCCUCUGCCUCUGGACAACAUCAUUUCUCAAUUGUUGACAGUCGCUGUGGAAGAAAAUUUUCAAGAAUCGGAAUCGUGUGACAUUGAGUUUAGUGAUUUCAACGAAUGCAAGAACUCUACUGGCUUGUUCAAGUACGAAGUUAAAAGCUCCAGGAUUUCCAUUCGAGGUCUUUCUAUCUCCUACUGUGCUAAAGCCCUCUUUAACAGUGGUAUAGUCCCUGUGCUUGGAGGUCCCCUGCCACCAGAUCCUAAAAAUGCCAACAUUUCCUUAACCCUGUCUUCUAAGUUUCUCAAAGAAAUUGUUGCUCAAAGUGCCAAGCAGAGCUCUGUCAAGAUGAAUAACCUGGCUGCAAGCAUCUCCAAAAUAGUCUACUCCUUCCAGUCAGGCAACCAAAUCCAAGCCACCUACUGGGUCACUGUGGAAAAGGAUGGUGAGAGUUUUGCUACUGGGAAAACGACCUUGAUCCUCUCCCAUGACUGCAAGAUUUUGAAAGACAAACUGAUACCAGACAUCAAGGUUAAGAGCUCUGAACACUCGGUGACACCCCCUGAGGAUGAGGAUGAGGUGCAAGAUGUAAUGCCCAUGGUUCUGAAGAAAUUUUUAUCUGCCGUUACCGAAAUGACAAGUAUGUGGAAUAUGCCACCAGGAAUAACCUCAAAUCCUCUAACCAAAGCCAAGGUUGAAGUACUUAAAUCGGUAAGAGAGAAAUAUAAGUAUUUCCCUUUUGCACUAAGGCCUACUCUGUACUUCAACCUUCACAGGAAUACGAAUGGGGCCAGUGGGCCUCAGCCUCAGUCUGUUCCAGGAUGCCUUAUCAGCUCCAACCAAACUCCCCACUCUUUCCUAGGUGGAUUCAUUGCCUACUGUCCCUUUAGUCACAGGUCCUAA